GAGUAUCUAUUUAUUGCAGUGCUAAUUUAUUGGGGUGCUAAUUCAAAUCUUAUUCCUGUUUAGUACGCCAUUAAAAAAAUAACCUAUUCUCAACGUGUUAGAAGUUGUAAGGUAGCUGGUGUGGGUUGGGGGUGGAGCUUGUGGGGCAGGUGGUGCUGCCAGCUGUUAAGGAAAGGGGACGGAUUUACUAUAAAGUAGUGGCUACUGCAAUUCCAUCUGCCAUGGGGAAAAAACCUAUGUCUAGAGAGGCUAAAAUAAUACUUUUAACUCUGUUGGGUCUACUUAUUUCAAAGUCACCAUUCUUUUAAAAUUAUGUCAUACUGCCUUUUUAAAACAAUGUUUUAGAUAUCUAGAUAAAACUGUAUAGCUUAACGUUAAUUUCUGUGGAUUGGGUAGCAAUGACUGUCCUUUUACUUUCUAGUAGUUAAUGAUUGAUUUUUAAGCGUAUUGGUUUAAAACAGAAACCUGUGUAUAACCUAAUUUUUUAAAAUCUAGUUUCUAUAGAAGCUGAAACCUGUCAGCAUCCUUCAAAAUGCAAUGGAAUGUACCACGGACUGUAUCUCGACUGGCACACAAGACGUGCUUGGAACCACAUAAAGCUGGUCUUUUUGGACACUGUCAAAACAUAAAGGGGCCAUUACUUUUGUGUAAUGCUGAAUCCAAAGUGGUUUGGGGACAUGGUCCUCAAAAGCAGUGGCUACACUUACCUGCUACCCACUGUGCUGCAAAGGAAAAGAAGUCACUGGAUGCUCAUCCACCCCAGCUAGGGGUCCUUCACCACAGACGAUGGGAGCAAGAUGUUUCACCCAAGAAAGCUUUAUCCUCCAAUGCCACAGCCCAAGGAACUCCUUCAGAAAAAAAGGAAGAGCCUGAUCCUUUACAGGACAAAUCUAUUAGUCUGUAUCAACGAUUUAAGAAAACAUUUAGACAAUAUGGAAAAGUUUUGAUUCCAGUGCACCUCAUAACUUCUGGAGUUUGGUUUGGAACAUUUUAUUAUGCAGCCAUAAAAGGAGUGAAUGUCGUUCCUUUUCUAGAACUCAUUGGGUUGCCUGACAGCAUAGUAAGCAUCCUGAAAAACUCUCAGAGUGGAAAUGCACUAACAGCAUAUGCCCUAUUUAAGAUUGCAACACCUGCCCGAUACAUGGUGACCCUGGGAGGAACAUCCUUUACUGUGAAGUACUUGCGCAGUCGUGGCUACAUGUCGACACCACCGCCUGUUAAGGAGUAUCUACAGGACAGGGUGGAAGAAACAAAGGAGCUUAUCACGGAGAAAAUGGAGGAAACAAAGGAUAGACUCACUGAAAAACUGCAAGAAACCAAAGAAAAAGUUUCUUUUAAGAAAAAAGUGGAAUAGGGUGCCUUACCUAACAGUUUAUACAAAAUUCUUACGCUUCAGCCCUUUGGAGACUAUGGGCAAAAAUACAUGCUUCUGAUUAUUUUUUUUGUUGAUUGCCUAAAUAUAUCAAUUUGCAAAGAGUUAAAGAACUAGGAGAUACCUUUUUAAAGUUAAAUAUCACUGGAAAAACAGUUUUUUGAAAGGAAGAAAUGAACCCAGUAUAAGAAUUUCACAUCAAUAGCAGCAUUAAGCAGUGGUCUUAGAAGUCAAAGUUCUUUUUUAAGGUCUUUGGAAUCAUUUUUGCUUUAUGUUUUGUUGCCAUCUGUUAUUUAUGCAGACUAGGCAGUUGACUCCUUAAAGAAGUGAUGUGGCUGUAGACAAGAUGUUGAUACUAGAUCUUAGUCUUUGUUAUUCAUUAAGGUUUUAACUGUAUCCAGUUCUCAAUGUGGAAACACACUAGCAUCAUCGAAACUGUCUGUGAAUAAGAGAGUAUUUUGUCUUUCUAUAAAAACAGUAUACAUAUUAAUUGUUAUCUACCAGUUAAAAUAUAGAGCUUAUAUGAAGAAAGUUGAAUAAAAAUUCACUCAUAUAUAUGUAAAUAAGAUGUAUCGGUUAUAUAUAAAUGAAAAAUGGACACUUUAAAAAUGAUUUUUACUUGAAGCUUGUCAUAAUCAAAUUUUUUAAAGCAAAUAUAUAUGGCCAUAGUACUUUCUCAAACUUGUGUAUUGGUGAUGAUCACCUGGAACAUAAAAGUUUAUUGUGAAUCGUUUGUGUCCUCUGCAACUAAUCUUUCAGGGGAAAAUGAAAGAUUAUACCUUAAGUUUAUUAUUGAAAUCAAAUAUGCUUCUGCAGCCACUCAAGCUCCAGGUUCUCAAGGAGAUAAAGGUUUGGGAGACUAAAAGUGGCAUCAGGUUGUCAUGGAAAAAGCUCACUCUCCCCGGGGCGGGGACGGACCUUGUCUCAGCAAAGCAGUGCAAAUUUUCAGUGUCUUAGUUUCAGAGUUAAUAUUGAUUUCAUUAUAGAGUAAAUUUUAAAAUUUUAGCUGCUGUUUUUUCUCCUAUAUUGAAGGGAAAUAUCCUUGCUUGAGCACUCCACUUGGUACUUUUUAUAGCAGAGCUAUCAUUAAGUUAUCUGCUUGGAAUGUAAUUCAGUGGCCUCAGAUAUGAAAGUUGCUGUGAUUGUGGAGUGUGUUUGUGUGUAGUGUGUGUUUCCUUUUGCUACAACUGCUUUUACUAAAGUCCUAACUUUUGAAUUGCUAAUUGGAGGAGGGAAAGGCUUCUUUUUAGAUCAUCAUUAUUUUGACCUGAUUGCUAAGGCAAGAGAAUGCCAGAGGGUCUGCCACACAGAGGUCCUGUGGGGAUCUUUCUAUUUGGCAGGAUUUUUAUAUCAAAUACUUAAUUUGGCCAAAUUUAGAGAAUAGUGUAAAGGGGAGAGCAAUGUUUACAUUUGAUACAUCUGAUCACUGUAUUAGAACACUUUUUAAAUGAAUAUGCUGUGAUUGGAAUCUUUUCUUUCUGGGGCUAGGGGAGUCGUGAGAGGUACAGCUGUGUCUCUCCAGUCUUGGGUAGGCAGCACAGUCUGUCUCCUGCUGCAGAGGGCUGAACGCACUGUUUCACGUUGACAGCACAUUUUUUUUUUCUUUAAUAUUUUUUACAGCACAUUUUAGAAUCUAAACAUGAUUAAACAUGUUUUAGCAUGUUUAAAUAAUGAACAUUUUGCAGAUAUUAAAUGCUAAGGUAUUAAUAAACUUUUUUUUAACCACUUGA